UAUAGUACUUCCGGUGGCCGCGGUGAAUUGUGGUCAAAGAGUCGUUGAGGAUUUGUGCUUCGCGCCUGAACAAAAUACAACGAGUUGCUAUGUCUCACACAAUUUUGCUUGUUCAACCUACCAAACGGCCUGAGGGCAGGACCUAUGCUGAUUAUGAAUCCGUGAAUGAAUGCAUGGAAGGAGUCUGUAAAAUGUAUGAAGAACACCUGAAGAGAAUGAAUCCCAACAGCCCUUCAAUCACGUAUGAUAUUAGCCAGUUAUUUGAUUUCAUUGAUGAUUUGGCUGAUCUCAGCUGCCUUGUCUAUCGUGCUGAUACUCAGACAUACCAGCCCUACAAUAAAGACUGGAUAAAGGAGAAGAUCUAUGUCCUCCUCCGCAGACAAGCUCAGCAAGCAAGCAAAUAAUGAUACUACAGUGAAGGGGCUGGGGGGGUGUUGGACAACAGGUGUGUACAGCGUGCUGUAGUGAAAGUUUUGUAUUAUAGUUCUCCUGUUCAUUCCUGUUUGUCUGUAUCUGGGAUUGAGUCUAUUAGAAUUGCAAAAGACUUGUUCAGCUUGAAUUUUUA